AUGGACCUUCUUCAGCCGUCGGAGAAAGUGCAGACGCUGCUGGGCUUUUUUUGGCCAGGUAGUUGUUGGUGGACCAGGAUAGACAAGGAACUUGGUGGCCUUCACCUGUUCCUGUUUCCAGUAGUCAACGAGCACCUCUUUGGUCUUUUGGACGUUGAGAAAGAGAUUGUUGCCCAGCCGUAUAUCAUCAUGGACAUCCAGGAUGCAGUUGCAAAUGGAGGUGUUGAGACCCAGCAAGCCAAGCUGCCCAAUCAGCUUCAUCGGGAUGAUUGUGUUAACCCUCCUGUUGUGCGCACUCUGAGCCGCGUGGCUCAGGCUGCGGGGGUCACGCAGGAAGGUCAAAGGUUGGGCCGGAGAGAGGUCAGCACCGUUCCCGUGGGAGACGGCUGGUGGUUGUCGGGGAAGAGCGAGACGACGGCGACCGAGGAGGACACGCAGAUCCACCCCUUCACCGUGACGACCAGCGACGAGGAGAUACAGGACCUACACAGGCGUCUGGACCAGACCAGGCCGGUGGAGGGGCUGGAGGACGCCUGCUUCCAGGACGGCUUUAACCCCGCCUACCUGCAGAGGCUCGUCUCCUAUUGGAGGAACCAGUUUGACUGGAGGAAACAGGUGGCCGUGCUCAACCAAUACCCUCACUUCAAAACCAAGAUUGAAGGUCUGGACGUGCACUUCCUGCGCUGCACGCCUGCGUCGCCGGGCUCGGUGGGCUGCGUGGUGCGUCCGCUGCUGCUGGUGCACGGCUGGCCCGGAAGCUUCUACGAGUUCCACCGCCUCCUCCCGCUGCUGCUGGAGCCGCAGGACGGCCUCGCCUUCGAGGUCAUCUGCCCCUCCAUCCCCGGAUACGGCUACUCCCAGGCCCCGCAGGUCAAAGGCUUCAACACUCUGGCUGCAGCGCGUGUGUUCCUGAAGCUGAUGGAGAGGCUGGGUCAUUCUGAGUUCUACCUGCAGGGCGGCGACUGGGGGUCCAUCAUCACCACCAACAUGGCCCAGAUGAAGCCUGAAUGUGUGCGCGGGCUUCACCUGAACAUGUUCAACGUGACGUCGGGGGGCGUUGGCAUGGCGAUGUCUCUGCUGCUGGGCCCGUACGUGCCGUCUCUGGUGGGGCUGAGCGAGGAGGACACCCGGCGCCUCUUCCCCUACGUGGAGAAGAACCUGCACACCUUACUCAGGGAGACCGGCUACCUGCACAUACAGGCCACGCGGCCCGACACUGCAGGCCGAGCGCUGAACGACUCCCCCGUGGGUUUGGCUGCGUACAUCCUGGAGAAGUUCUCCUGCUGGACCGACUCGCAGAACAGGGAUAUGGAGGACGGUGGCCUGGAAAGGGAAAGGAAGUUCUCUCUGGACGACCUCCUGACCAACGUGAUGAUCUACUGGACCACGCGUUCCAUCACCUCCUCCAUGAGGUUCUACAAGGAGAACUUCAACGAGAACAUCCAGAAGAGAGUGGACUCCAAGGUGAGUGUGUCGGUUCCCACGGGUCUAGCCGCGUUCCCCCAGGAGCUGUUCCACACGCCGCGCUCCUGGGCCCGCAGGAAGUUCCGGAACAUUCUCUCCUACUCCUACAUGCCGAGCGGCGGCCAUUUCGCGGCGUUCGAGGAGCCGCAGCUCCUGGCCAACGACUUCAGGGAGUUUGUGAGGAAGGUGGAGAGUCUGCAGAAAUAAAAAAGAUGUGUGGAGGAAGGUGCAGAAAUUAAAUGAUGGUGGAGAGGUGUGUGUGUGUGUGUGUGUGUGUGUGUGUAGGGGGUUUAUUCCGGGUGUGUGGCUUUUGGUGACAAACCUGGGUAAGUUAACUCAUUAGCAGCCAUAAGGGAUGAAAUCACACCCUUCUUGGACGACAAGGUGCCACACAGAUACUGUAGACUGCACACACAUACACAAAAGAGUCCAGAUUUUCCCAGGUAUAUGCCACUGAACUACAUAGACAGAAACCUCCCACCUAUGAAGUCUAUGACUAUGAAGUGAUCUCACUACAUUCUUCAGGUAACCUCGGGUGAAACCUAAAACCUUCACUCAUUUCUAAAAGGACAUAUCUAUGGUGUCGAACGUGUUGUGCUCUUAAAGGGUGGUUCCUCCUGAAGUUACCUGGACACCCCUGU